UUGGUAAAUAAAAAUUUACCUUUGCUGUGAAAUUUAUGUUUACUGUUUUUCCAACACUGAUUGACAUUUUGAUCUUAUUUUGUGGAAAAAAAGAGUGCAUUUGAUAAUGGAACCUUCUGAAAUGUUAAUACGUGUUUAUUGGGAGUAAUAAGAUUACCCGGUACCUGGUAAUGCCAAAAAUUUGAAGAAUCGGAAUUGACAUAGUUCUCAAACGGCACAAUGUAUGCUGAGUGGGCAUCAUUGCAAGAUGAGAUACAUUAUGAUAAAGGCAAUCAGUCAGUUUUACACAAGUUCCCUGCUAGUGUUGGUCGUGAUGUAGCAUGCACUGUGGUUAAACAUAUUGCUCAAAAUCUAAGUAUCGCAACAACCAGUGGGGAACCCAGUACACUAGAAGAUGAUAAAGAUGUUAAAUGGACAAUGGAGGUACUGUGUUAUGGACUGGGCCUACCGUUAGUGGAACAUACAACUAUUAAAGAUUGUAUAAAUGUUUAUUGUGAGUGGUUGACAGCUUUAAUGACACCUAAACCAUGUGUUCCACGAUCAGUAAUAGAUGAUCCAAAUCCAUUCGCUCAAGUUAUGUUACACCAUCUUUUAAACUUAUUUAAACCAAGACAAGAAGCAGGUGUAGAUUUGGUUAAUCGCCAAGCGAUAUUGUGUCAUAGAGUACUGAGAACUAUAGAAACAGUAGCUAAGGAAUCCAAUAUUCUGUCUCGUGCUACAUGGGAGACAUUACUUAGAUUCUUACUAGCAGCUAAUGAUAGUCUGUUAUCACCUCCUACAGAAAAAGACGAUACAGGAUUAAGUUCAUAUGAUAUUGGUGAUCAUCUCUGUGAACGUGUUCUCAGUGUCUUGUUUGGAAUAUGGCUAGUAGCAUGUACCAAAUGUUUUCCAUCACCGUCACUUUGGAAAACGUUUCGUAAUAUGUGUCUAUUUUGGCGACAUCAUGAAGGACUGGUACAUCAGUGGCACAAAGUAAACUUUGCUUUGACAUCCAGACUUAUGCGCAAUAUGUAUGGUCCUGAUUAUCCAGAACUUGUCAUUAUUGAAGACGAUUCUCAGAUUAUACCUGAUGGUAUGACAAAUGAAUGUAUUGCUCAGACCUGGUUUCGUUUUCUACAUAUUGUACAGAAUCCAGUUGAUUUAUGUCACCCUGAAAUUAUAAGUCAGACACCAAAAUUUUUACAAUAUGCUCUAACUAAUCAAGCUGUCGUAGAACCAAGUCAACAUGAAUGUCUGUUGAAAUUGCCACCCAUAUUUCAUAAAGCUAUGAAAGGAGUAUCAGUCAUGGUCAAUUCUUUCUUAGGAAUUCCUCAGACAGUGAAGUCUGAAGGACGGGCAGCUAAUCAGACUCCAACAGGUAAAGCAGCCACACCCUCAACACCACCUGGACAAAGAAAACCUGCUGGUAAUCCUAUAGCUGUAUUUGCUGGUUCACUAACACAGAGAGCUAUAUCAAAAGAAUCCAAGAUUGCUGUUCAGAAAUCAGUUGUUACUGCUCCAAAUGAAGAAACCCAAUUAUUAUCAUUAGAAAGUAGAUGUCAGUUUGCACCUGCUAGACCACACUGUAACAGUAUAUUACAUCUUUUUAGUGCUUGGUUAUUUGAUGCUGCCCUGGCAGGAGUGAAACUACACAGUUGUCAUGCUGCACCAGUCAAAGCCCAGCGUAGAACAAGUUCCUUUAUAGAAUCUAAACAUAGUUCUGUAUCAGUUGAUCAGUCAGAUGCAAUUAUGAUCAAUGAUAAUACUUAUGAAGCUGGUCGAGCUGAGGCAUGUGGUACUCUGUGUAGAAUAUUCUCAGCACAUAAAACAGGAGAAGAUAUUCAGACUGUUUAUUAUUCAAGAUUUUAUAUAAUCAUGUAUUAUGGACUUCAGACUGAUGAGAACACUAUCAGUGGUGAAGUAUUAUCUAAUUUAUUAUUUAAUAGUUGUGAUUUACUGAGAGUCGAUUUAGCAGGUGUGCAGAUAUUGGUACCCUAUAUAUUAAAUGCCUUGGAACUUGUACUUACAUCGAAUACACCUAAUUUCAAACUAUGUGAUCAAAUACCAUAUGUUGAGUUAAGAAAAGCCUGUGUUCACCUCUUAUUAUCUAUGUUAUGUUUACCUUUACAUUUUAAAGAUUUAGAGAUAAAAGAUAUUUUAUCUCAUCCAGAUGAUGAAGAUUGUCAGAAAUCAAUAUCAUUUAUGUCUCUGAAAGUUCGUAUAAUAGAUCUCUUACAGAAGGCUUUGUUUUUAGAGACAGAUUCAAACAAUACUCAAAUGUUAUUAGGUGGAUUAAUGUUAGUAGUGCAAGAUCUUGCUACAAGUGAACAAGCUGAACAAAUAACAUUACAACCACAACAUGAUAUAUCAGAUACAGAUGUACAUGCAGAUCUAAGUGGUACUAGUGUAGGUACAUCAUCUACUGAUGGUAGUUAUCAAGAUACAUCAUAUCAUCGUUUGCAUCAUCAUCCUAAAGAUCAAGAUACAGCAUAUGGAUUAUUUGGUCAAGCGACAUCAUUAGUCUGUAAUCGUUUGAUGUCAUCAUGGAUAUCUGAUCUAAAUACUGCCCUUGCUGCUAUCGAAUUAUUAGCUGGUUUGGCUAAAGUUUCUAUCAAACCUCCAAAUUUAUUGAUGUGUAAAAGAACUGUCAAGUGGAUCUGUGAUUUUAUAGCUAAUCAGUGUAAUCGUCAUGCUCAACAUCAUACUCGUGAUCUACACUCUGUGAUCGUAGCCACAUUUAAAUGUCUACAGCUAUGGUUGGUAGAACAUAGUUGUUUGCUAUAUGAUAAAGAUUGUCUACAUAUUGUACUAGAAGUUGUAGAACUAGGAAUAUCAGGUUCUAAAUCUCAGGUUAAAGUAACAGAAACACAGACAAUCAAGAUACGAGAUAAUAAAUCUGUUGCUAUGUCGAAGAAUCGUGUGAGUGAUCCACCUAAAUUUAAAGGAGAUAAACAGUUAAUGCCGGCAUCAAUGAGAGUAAAAGAUGCAGCUGAAGCUGUUUUAACCUGUAUUAUAGAUCAAGUGGGAGCUUUUCCACCACCAUGUGGUCCAGAAUCACUCUUUUCACUACUUGAUGAAAGAUCAUUGUUAAAAUAUGCUAAAGGUUCAGCUUUACCAGAACAAGGAACACCUUUCCGUUAUUUUGUAAUAGAUAAUUCUAUUAUUGUUGGUUUAUUGGAACAGCCAUUAGGAAAUAUUGAAGAUCCACUACCAACAGUUACUGCCCUUAUUCGAGGUCCAUUUGGAAGACAUGCUUGGACAAUGCAACUAAGACAUGCACCCAGAGCUCAAAAGAUUUCAUCAAGAGCUCAUCUGUCUGAACCAAGUCGUCCAGUUCCCAUGGAAAAUGUGGGUGUACGUCACAAUGUUAAAAACCGAUUUUAUCCCGAGAGUGUUGAUAAAAUACCAUUAUGUAAAGCUGAUAAAAGUAUUCCUACUUUAGAAUCACUCGUAAGUGAGAAAGAAGCAGUAGAAAUAGAUAAAUUUAAAGGUUUUAUUGAGAAACAGAUCUGUUUUGAGAAAGAAGUGAGUGAGCGAUCUAGAAAAGAAAAGGAAAAAACAGCAUAUCCAAACCCUGAAACAGAAUGUAAACAACCCCAAAUCACCCAUGAGUAUCAGACGGCGAGAUUAUUUUUAUCUCAUUAUGGUUUUCUGUCUCUAGAGACCCUGAAGGAGCCAGCUAAUACAAGUAUACCACCUGAUUUGGUUAUGUUAGAUACAACUAAUACAGCCAUGUUUACUGAUAUGGAAUCUUUGGAUAGUAUACCCAGUAGAGAUAAUGAUACUGUUCAUAUAUUCUAUGUUAAACCUGGGCAAAAAACUCUCACAGAAAUACUUAGUAAUGUUACGACAUCCUCAAGGGUUCAAUCUCAGUUUUUGGAGUUCCUACAUUCUCUUGGUUGGCCUGUUGAUGUUAGACGUCAUGCUGGAUGGACUGGUCAUAUAUCAACUAGCUGGAAAAUCAUGGACAGUGAAGAAGUUGAUGAUGAUGAUUAUCAGACUGGUACAGGGGGUAGUUUAUAUAAUGGUAGACAGCAAGUAUUAUAUUGGGCUGAUGUCUCAUCAGAAGUAGCGUUUGUUGUACCAUCACCGGAUGCAACACAUCUACGUAUGAAUACAACCUUCUCAGAUUCCGAGAAAUCCCCAACAAGAAGUACAGUUAAUGAGGGUUACAUUAAUAAACCCAAAUCAUUAUUAUUAGAUUCUAAUAAAGGUGAUAGGUCAAACAGAGAUAGUCCAGGCUCACCACCAGAAGUUCAGUCAAAUACUGGAAAUAGAGGCAAAAGACAAGGUCGACAGGUUGCUCACAUGGUCGGACCAGAUACUAAAAUAUUUGCAGUUUGGUUGGAAAAUUUUGAAGAUCAUGAAAACUUUCCUUUAGGUGAUAUUCAAAGUAUGACAAGUACCGGUCAAGAACAAUCCAAUCAAAAAGAAAAAGAUGUUUAUAUUAUAUUUAUACAUGCUUUACAAAAUGGACUGUUUAGAAUACACAUGCAGGGACAUGAAAAAAACAUUACAAAAAUGACUAUGGCAAUUCCUCUAGUAGAUGGUAUGGUUGUUAGUAGAAGAACAUUAGGUACUCUAGUCAGACAGACAGCCAUUAAUAUCUGUCGUAGAAAAAGACUUGAAAGUGAAUCAUAUCAACCUCCACAUGUUAGAAGAAAAUUACAGAUACAAGAUAUUGUUAACAAAUAUAGAUGUAAAAUGUCUGAGGCAGAAUUCUUCACAGCAUUAUUCCAAGAUGUGCCAAAAUAAAACUAUUUACUCUGGAGUGUUUAAUUCUAAAACAACUAAUAACUGGCCUGUUUUUAUUCUAUGUAAUAUAGUAUAUAUUGAUACUGAAUGUAACAGGAAUCUAAUAAGUGUUUAAGUGUUAACAAUUAAACAGAUAAAUGCAUUUUCCUUCCUGAACAAAUUUUGAAUCAUAAUAUACAUGUGUAGAAACUGAGUUAAACAGUGAUAUUUGUAUUUGUUAAAAUCUUAUUUAAUAAUAUUUGUAACAAUGAGUAUAUUGUCAGCAUUAACAAUGAUUUGUUAUAUAAAUAUAUUUGAAAAUAUAAAUAUGACGGUUGUACAUUAGUAAUAUGUGCAAUAAUCUGUUUUAAUUAUUAGUUUGUUGUUGAGACAUAAAAACUAUAGUAAUUUAUAUUUUAUGUACUUAUGCAUUUUAUGUAUAUAUAACUAUUAUUUAUUUGUAUAAUACUUCUAUUACUAAUAAGCAGUAAGCAACCAAAUAUGGUAAAAAUACUCAGUUGAUGGCAUUCUUAAAAAUACGAUGUUAUAAUCCUUUAAUUAACCAAUUCCAAAUGACUGAUAGAAAAAUGGCAAUGAGAGUUCAGACAUUUUCUAUUUGGAAUUAAAGCGUAUUUAUGUAAGUCUACUUAGACUAUUAUUAAUGUGUAAGAUUGGCCUCAGUUGCAAGUAAUCUGUUGAAAAUGCAUCAACUGGUGAUAUAAUUAAUUUAAAAGUAAACUUCUGUGUGUCUUUGUUUGUUAUAUAUACCACAUGAAUAAAUUGAUGGUGUGUUUUGUGAUGAUAGAAUACAUUAAUUAAUCAUUGCUCCAGAGAACAAUUUGUGGCUAGCAUUAAUUUGGACUCUCUUUCAAGGGAAUUUAGGGCGUUUCAAUUCAAUAUGCUGAUAAUGUAUUUGUGUGUGCUUCUAGUCAGUGUUGAUUUGACAUAUGCAAGAUUAUAUACAUGUAAUUAUCUUUUGGCUGGUUGAAUCACUGAAGUCAUUUCAUUCUUAAAAAUGAAUGAAUGAAAUAGGGUUUACUGUCCUAUUCUUCUGCACCAACCGGGAUAAUUAAGACGGGUCAUUCUUAAAGUCGCUUAAGGGAUUUUGAAACCCUUGCAAACUACAGUAUUGUUAACUUGGAAUCUCUAAAAGGAUUAUCAGACCAAAAAUGAUACAAUUCCAUUUAGUACCAGUAUUAUAAAGAUAUGAUGAAUUGAACAACAACCUCUGUAGACGAUCCAAACAAGCGACCGCCACUUAUAAGUAUUGGAUUAGGUUUUGUUUUCCUAAUUAAAUGUUAAAUAAUCAAUUCAGAUAUAUUUUAACAAGGAUUAAGCCGUGAAAAAUGGGAUAUUGUUUGAAAAAUGCUAAUUACCAUCAGCAACUUUUAAUUUUUAUACGCCCACAUUGAAAUGUGGUCGUAUAUUGUCGUCACCCCCGUCCAUCCGUCCGUCCGGCGGUCCGGCGUCCACAAUUGCUUGUGGACGCUCUAGAGUCUAAAGUUAAUAUCCGAUUGACUUUAAAUUUAUACACAGUGUUUAAGGUCAUGAGACGAAGAAGCCUAUUGACUUUCAGCGAUUUCCAAUAAUUACUGCCAGAGUUAUGGCCCUUGAUCGCUUCAAAAAAUCUUGUGGACGCUCUAGAGGUCAGAGUUAAUAUCCGAUUGACUCUAAAUUUAUACACAGUGUUUAAGGUCAUGAUACGAAGAAGCCUAUUGGUUUUCAGCGAUUUCCGAUAAUUACUUCCAGAGUUAUGGCCCUUGAUCACUUCAAAAAAUCUUAUGCACGCUCUAGAGGUCAAAGUUAAUAUCCGAUUGACUUUAAAUUUAUACACAGUGUUUAAGGUCAUGAGACAAAGAAGCCUAUGGAUUUUCAGCGAUUUCCAAUAAUUACUGCCAGAGUUAUGGCCCUUGAUCACUUUGAAAAAUUUUGUGGACGCUCUAGAGGCUAAAGUUAAUAUCCGAUUGAGUUUAAAUUUAUACACAGUGUUUAAGGUCAUGAGAUGAAGAAGUUUAUUCAUUUUCAGCGAUUUUUGAUAAUUACUGCCAGAGUUAUGGCCCUUGAUCACUUCAAAAAAUCUUGUAAAUGCUCUAGAGGCUAAAGUUAAUAUCCGAUUGACUUUAAAUUUAUACAUAGUGUUUAAGGUCAUUAGACGAAGAAGCCUAUUGAUUUUCAGCGAUUUCCGAUAAUUACUGGCAGAGUUAUGGCCCUUGAUCACUUUGAAAAAUCUUGUGACCCUCUAGAAGCUAAAGUUAUCAUCCGAUUGACUUCAGAUUCAUACACAGAGUGUAAGGUCUUGAGACAAACAAGUAUAUUGAUUUUCAAUGAAUUUUUAUGACUUGAACAGCUAAAUCCAUGAUGUUAAAAGUUUCCUAUACUAAACGUUAGCAUGGGGCAAAACUUUAUAAAAACCAAACAAAUUCUAAUGGUUUUCUGAUAAUUACUUAAUGAGUUGUUACUCCUAAUCAGAUUUUAAUGUAUUAUAAAUGUUUCAUUACCGAAAAAAGUAAAAAUAUGUGACAACUCUUGUUGACUGCCCGGACGAGUUAGCUGCUGUGGGCGUAUGUUUCGUUGCCUGGCAAUCUAUCUUAUUAUUCAUUGCAAGAUUAUUUUUGUUUAAAGAUAAAUAAAGUUAUGUCACAUUAGGGAAAAAAAACAAAUUAAUGUUAGUUUUAAAUAUAUAUACAAUAAUUUAUUGUAUUGGUUAUGUACAUAAUAUAAGUUAAUCUCUUGAUCAUGUUCCUACAACUUCAAUUUACAAUAAUUUGUUUAAUUUAAUUUAACACGACAUCAGAUUAAGCACUAUUAAAACACAGAUCAAAUUUACACUUGUCAAUUAUAUUGUAAAAUAUCACUGGAGAGUUUUAAUAUGAAGUAUAUCUGGUUACACUGUAAUAUUACAUCAGGUAUAAACAAUUUAAUAUUUAAUAGUUUUCAUAGCAAUUGAUGUGUAGAGUUGUAUUUCAAUCAUUAGCUAUUUUAUUAAAUAUAUUGUAUUAUAUAUUAUAGUGCUAUAUAUCAUAUUACAUUUUCUAAUCAAAAUAAUUCUUUGUAAUGAAAUUAAAUUUUAAAAUGUCA